AUGAGAAGAUACAAAAAACAAAGAAAUUUGGUGAAACCGGCUAAGACAAGAUUCACAACAGCUAUCUUGACCUUGCAUAACGUUUACCUGCAAAAGCAAAAUUUGCGAACGUUGGUCUUGUCAACCGAAUGGAGUGAGAGUAUCUAUGCAAAGGAAACUCUUGGGAAAGAAGUUGCGAGAUUUAUUAUUGGUCCAUAUUUUUGGAAUGACAUUGUUCAAGCACUUAAAGUUGGUAAUCCUUUGGUUAGUGUACUUCGUUUGGUGGAUGGGGAGAAAAAACCACCAAUGGGAUACAUUUAUGAAGCCAUGGAUAGGGCUAAAGAAGCUAUUGAGAAGGCAUUUGAUCAUGAUAGGAGGAAAUAUGAGAGAGUGUUUGAAAUCAUUGAUAAAAGGUGGGAUGAUCAGCUUCAUCAACCUUUACAUGCAGCAUGGCAUAUUUUGAACCUCGGAUUGUUUUACACAAACAAUGAGAACAAGACUUUAGAUUUAAAUUUUUGGAAGGCGUAUCAUGCACGUGUUGCGAAGUUGGUGCCAGAUGAAGUGAAGCAAGACAAAAUAGGGCAAGAGCUUGGUGUGUAUAUGCAAGCCGAUGGAAUUCUUGGAUUAGCUUCGGCCAUUAGAGGCAGAACCAAAUUGGCACUGGUUGAAUGGUGGAUGCAAUUUGGUUAUGAAGUUCCUAACUUGCAACAAUUUGCUAUUAGAAACAUUGGCUCUCGUUACAAAUCUCGCAAUAUCAUUGAUCCAAUUUUAUUGGAUAACAUUGAUGAAGCAAAUGAAUGGUUAACUGGAGGCCCCAAAAAUCAUGAAGAAGAAGAAGUGUUUGAAGGAGAAGGUCUCACUUUUGGUCAUGUUGCUAUGGCAAGUGGAGUUGAAUAA